CGUCCCUUUUUUUUGUAUGAAAGACCUAAAAUAGAGAAGAAAUAAAAGCAGAAUUUGCAAUAACGAAGACGGAUCGGAUCGGGACGUCGGAAAAAUGCGAGUCUUGAGGUCAUCGCGCGGCGGUUCCGGUGCCGGCGUCGUUUUCCGGGCGCUGAGGAUGAGUUCUCUUCGCGGCAUCUUCACCGGCAGUUGCCGAGCCGUGAUGUUGCCGCGCUUCGGCGGUCCGGAGGUUCUGGAGCUCCGGGAGAAUGUUCCGGUGCCGAAUCUUAAGCCCAACGAGGUUCUUGUUCGCGCGCGAGCUGUCUCCAUCAAUCCUCUUGAUUGCAGAAUGCGAGCUGGCUAUGGCCGUUCUGUGUUCGAACCACAUCUACCCAUUAUAUUAGGUCGCGAUAUCAGCGGUGAAGUUGCAUCAGUUGGCAGUUCGGUAAAGUCGUUUAGAGUUGGCCAAGAAGUUUUUGGUGCAUUGCACCCUACGGCGCUUAGGGGUACAUAUACUGACUAUGGGAUUCUUUCAGAAGAUGAACUCACAGAAAAACCAUCAUCAGUUUCUCACGUUGAAGCAAGUGCUAUCCCUUUCGCAGCACUGACUGCUUGGCGUGCUUUGAAGAGUAAUGCUCGUGUAACUGAAGGACAAAGGGUAUUAGUUAUAGGAGGAGGAGGGGCUGUGGGUUUAGCCGCGAUUCAGCUCAUGGUGGCAGCUGGUUGCCAUGUCACGGCUUCUUGUGGGGGUCAGAGUAAAGAGAAAAUACUGGCCACUGGUGCUGAGCAAGCUGUUGACUACACAACUGAGGACAUAGAGUUGGCGAUAAAGGGAAAGUUCGAUGCUGUCCUGGACACUAUUGGUGUGCCCGAAACAGAAAGAAUUGGCAUAAACUUCUUGAGGAAGGGCGGAAACUAUAUGACACUUCAGGGUGAGACUGCUUCAUUGACAGAUAAGUACGGACUUGUGAUUGGACUUCCUCUUGCUACUUCGCUCUACACGAAGAAAAAGAUGCAAUACCGUUAUUCCCAUGGAAUAGACUAUUGGUGGACGUACAUGAGGGUCGACGCUGAAGGUCUGGCUGAGAUCCGUCGGUUGGUUGGAACCGGGAAACUGAAAAUACCGGUGGAGAAAACUUUUCCGAUCACGGAAGUGAUAGCGGCUCACGAGGCGAAGGAGAAGAAGAAGAUUACGGGUAAAGUUGUUCUAGAGCUCUGAACUUGAUGGUAAACGGAACAAUAAAUCCUUUUAUUAGAAUUACCUUUGCAAUAUGGAGUUUGUGUAAAUGAUCUUUAACAGGCUUUAGAUACACUGCAUGAACUGAAGAGUUUCUUCCGUAGGGGAAAACAAAGGGUUACUCUUUUCUUGUGGUGGGUAAAUCAUAAAUGCAGUAAUGCGGAUUUUGUGAAAAUUGUUAUAUGCUGUAACUUUGUAUGUGAUAGUUGUUUAAAGUAAAAAAAAAAGAUAGUAAGGUAUAGGAUA